AUGGCCUCAAUCCUUCACUCCAGCUCGCCUCAACUCUGGCACGCCGCCGGACUCCUAUCACUGUUCCCCCUCACACUGGGUCUCAUCGGUGUGGUGAAUCCCGCUAACGGCUUCACCCUCUUCAAUUUUGGAAAGCCCUCGACACCCGAAGCGCAGAAGCUCGGAACCAAUUUACUACUCUUCUGGGUUUCGCGAGAUCUCUACAUGGCAGCGACGUGUAUGGCGGCAUACGCGGGUGGGAGUCGAACGACGAUGGGGUACACUUAUUUGGCUGGAGCUGGAGUGGCGAUUUGCGAUGGCAUUAUGAGUCAAAGGCAGAUUGGGAAAGAUGCGUGGAAGCAUACGAUGUGGGUUCCGGUGGUGGUGACGAUGGCGGGAGGUCUGCUGGGCUGGUUCGAUGCGUGGGUUUAG